AUGGUACCAAAGCACCCCGAACAUGGUAUGAGGCCAUCAACAGACUUCCCUGCUACAGGGGCCAUCACCCCACCGGGAGAUUCGGUGGAGGAAGCACUGGUCUCGUCCAACAAGGAACCCCUUCCUCCAUCUCCGUCGACUGAGAAGGAGAAUGAGAUAGACGGAAUUUGGCAACAAGUGGCGGAUCAAUGCCAUUGCUCCCUGGAAGCGAUUGAAGAUGUAUAUGCCUGCACCGCCCUCCAGGAAGCAAUGAUAGCCCUCACUUUCAAGGACCCAAGAGCAUACACCAUCGAACACGAAUACCGUCUGCCACGAGAGAUUGACCACCAUAAGCUCCAAGAGGCCUGGAUUACGACGGCCCAAGCCAACCCGAUUUUGAGGACUCGUAUGAUACCGACUAGUCAGCGCGGAUGUGUGCAGGCAGUGGUGCGAGGAUCAAUCCCAUGGCAGGUGCAGGAGACCGACGACGGCAUAAAUGGUGAAAUCACUAGCCCUUCCUGGCGAGCAGGGGCUCCGCUGGCGUAUUUCUUCUUCAAUGUCACCGAACAUAAGCUGAAAGUGACAAUCCAUCAUUCCAUCUGUGACCACUGGUCUAUGGCAUUGUUGCUGCGCCAAGCCGACGCCGCCUAUAGAGGCGAGGAACUGUCUUUCCACCCCUUUCGGCCGCUGGUGGAUCAUGUACAGCGGACCCAAGACAAAGCCAAUGAUUUCUGGGAAUCCAUGUUCCGUGAUGCACAUAAGGCCACGAUGAGGGCAUUUCCUCAACUACCCACAGUGGGUCAUGCUGCCAGACCAACCGAGAGGCUAGAGAGGUCCUUUAACAUCCAAUCUGGCAAUAGUUCUUCAAGCACAGUCGGCACCAAGGUUCGGUUGGCUUGGGCGAUUCUGCAAUCGGUUUAUACUGGCUCCGACGAUACAUUAUUCGGAGCAGUAAACGCGGGCCGCGCAGUGUCCGUUGAGGGAGUCCAGGACUUGAGCGGACCUGCACUCGCUAGCGUACCGGUACGCAUCAAACUGUGCGGGCAGAGUACCGUGGCAGAUACCUUGGUUGCGGUACAGGACGAAUGGGCUGCAUCUAUGGAGUUCGAACAUGUUGGACUGCAAAAUCUGCUUCGCCUUGGACCUGGCCCAGCGGCAGCGUGUCAUUUCCAGACCCUGCUCUCGAUCGAGCCUCGAGAUGGCCAUCAACUUCCCGAGAUAUUCUCCCAGAGUCAAUCGACCCAAUUGACAUAUGAUAUGUAUCCCUUGAUCCUACGAUGUCGCCCCUCGACCAUGACAAUGUGGAUUGAGGCUUCUUUUGACCCGGCAGUAACCGAGUCCAUUCAAAUGGAGCGAAUUCUCUCCCAAUUCAUCCAUAUCUACGAGCAGAUCGACACUAAAUCAGGCCUCACACUUUCUGAGAUCAGUCUUGUGAGCCCCGAAGAUUUGAGCGAUCUCCGACGUCAGAACAUUUUGACAAAGCGCGCUGAUGCCAUGUCGUGUGUUCAUUCUCUAAUUGAAAGACGCACACGGCAGCAGCCUCUUGCCCCGGCUAUCAGUAGCUGGGAUGGCAGUUAUUCAUACCUAGCCCUUGAUGAAUUGUCUUCAGAAUUGGCUGGUCAUCUUUCUUGGCAUGGUGUUGGCCCUGGGUCAUUUGUACCUCUUCUCUUGGGAAAGACUAAGUGGAUGGCUGUCGCCAUGCUUGCUGUGAUGAAAGCUGGUGCUGCUUUUGUGCUGCUAGAGCCGUCACACCCACAAUCCCGAUUACAGAAUAUGUGUGAAGCUAUUGCGGCUCCCCUGGCAUUGACUUGCGGCUGGCAUAUUGACCUGGCGGCCAAGCUUGGGGUCCAAGCAUUGCUCAACGUGGAAACCUUUGAUUCGGAUCAGCUGCGUUGCAAUAGCUCAUCUCAGAAGCCCUCGGUAAGCCCACAGGAUCCCGUCUAUCUGACAUUUACCUCUGGAUCCACGGGAACCCCGAAAGGUGUAAUUGUUCAUCACGAAGGCUUUGCGUCAAGCUCUGUGGCUCAUGGCCAGCCAUACCACAUCACACCGGAGUCGCGUGUGCUACAAUUUGCCUCUCCGGCAUUUGAUUCUUGUAUUAUCGAACAUCUCAGUACGCUGAUCCAGGGAGGCUGUGUUUGCAUUCCGUCAACGGACGACUGCCACAGUCAUCUUGCGGAAGCUAUGAACCGCUUUGCUGUGGAUGUUGCGUGUCUGACCCCCAGCGUCACCCGGAUCAUUAGUCCCGACAGUGUUCAGUCCUUGAAGGUUUUGAUGUUUGUCGGAGAGGCAGUUCUGGCUAGCGACGUUGUCCGCUGGGAGCCUUUUGUACAUGUUGGAAAUGCGUACGGGCCAGCGGAGUGCUCAGCAGUGUUCAGCGUGCAACCAAAUCUCAAGAGCAAUGAUCCAGCGAACAUAGGAUUUAGCACAGGAGGAUCUGGGUGGGUCGUCCACCCUGAAGAUCAUCGGGUGCUCAUGCCACUGGGAUGCACUGGAGAACUAUUAAUAGAAGGACCAAUCGUUGGCAAGGGUUAUCUAUCGAAUCCCCAGCAGACGGCUCGGUCUUUCGGAGACUUGGUGCAGGCUACUGGGGAUGGUAGUUUCCGAUACUUCGGACGGAAGGAUACUCAGGUCAAGCUACACGGACAACGCUUAGAACUGGCGGACAUUGAAUAUCAUCUUCACAAAGCAUUUCCGAAAGCCCGCCAAACCCUUGCAGACGUUCUUCGUUCAUCUCCUAAAGACAGCAUGAACGAUCAUCGACCAGAGGCUUUGCUGAUAGCGCUUAUAUGUCUCCCUGCGUCUCCGGAUGACGACGGCAAUCAUCAAGCACAAUUUCUUCCUCCAACCGACGAGUUUCGUGAAGCUUGUGCUGCAGCAGAGGCCAGCAUGUCGGAUGUUCUACCAUCUUUCAUGAUUCCAAGGUUUUACCUACCAUUAUCCCAUGUACCUCUGACGCCAUCUGGGAAGACCAAUCGACGUUCUAUCCAGGAGCAGGCCAAUAAGCUGUCAUUGGAGCAGAUGAAGGGUUAUCGAGCGGUGAAAAUGCAACCGGAGGCGCCGUCAACUUCUCGCGAGGAAAAGCUUCAAGAGAUCUGGGCCAAGACACUAAAUCGAACUGUUGAAGAAAUCGGAACCACUGAGAGCUUCUUUCGUCUGGGAGGGGAUUCAGUCAGCGCGAUGCAGGUCGCUGCAGGCUGCCGUACCGUCGGACUCAAAGUAGCUGUUGCGGAUAUCUUCCGGUUUCCAAGCAUCAGGCAACUGGCGGAAAAGAUCCAAGAUUCCGGAUCCGUCUCUUUUGCCUCAGCCGGGGAAGACGACCAAACGGAGGUGUGGUUUGAACUUUCUCCAAUACAGAAACUCUUCUUUGAGCGGGUACCCAAUGGUCACAACAAAUUUACUCUCGAGUUCAUUCUCCGACUCGGCAAACCCCUUCCCGCUCCUGAGAUUAAACGAGCGAUGGAGAAGAUUGUCGCCACUCAUUCUAUGCUCCGCGCCCGUUUUGAACAACGAGCAGAUGGUCAAUGGGGACAAAUUAUUGGUCCUGAUGUGGCUAGGAGUCUUCGAUUUAGAGAGCAUCGGGUACCGUCUAUGAAUGAUCGUAAAGCUUUGCAGAGGAUUUUGUCAAUCAGCCAGAGCACGCUUGAUAUCGUGCAGGGAGUGAUAAUUGUUGUUGACGUUAUCACCACAGACACUGGGGAGCAGUUUUUGGGGUUGAUGGCCCAUCAUCUUGUCAUUGACCUAGUGUCAUGGCGCGUCCUUCUGCAAGACCUGGAAGAUAUCCUCAGCACGGGCCGUACAAUCCAGCCUCCCUCCAUAUCAUUCCAACAAUGGUCCCGGCUGCAACAAAGCUAUACCAGCGUGUCUCUUCAUCCCGGCGAAACAUUGAAGGCAGAAAUUCCACGUCCCCCAAUGGACUACUGGGGUUCAGAGGCUAUCAUGAGUGCGAACACUUGGGCGGAUGCGACGCGACGAACCAUCACAGUAUCGCAGCAAACAACAGAGGCAAUAGUUGGUGCUGCAAAUGGCGCAUUUCACACUCAGCCAGUGGAAAUCAUUCAGGCAGCCGUACUUUACGCCUUUGUUCAGGCCUUUGACAAUCGACCUGCACCCACCAUGUUCAGCGAAGGACAUGGGAGAGAGCCAUGGGACCCGGAGAUCGAUAUAUCCCGCACAGUUGGGUGGUUCACCACUAUUGCACCUUUGUCUUUGGAUGUAUGUAAAGAGGACAAUGUCAGGAGGAUCUUGCAGCUCACAAAAGACGGCCGCCGCAGCAUAUCCACCAACGGAUGGGCAUACUUUGCGUCACGAUUCCUCCACCCCGAGGGACCGGAAAAGUUCCAGAGUCAUUCCCCAAUGGAGAUUCUUUUCAACUACACCGGUCUUUUCCAACAAUUUGAACGGCCAGGUGCCCUCCUUCAAAUGACAUCGGUCCAAGAUGAUUCCCUUCUCCCCAUGGCAGCUGACUUGCCGCGCAUGGCUCUCAUUGAUGUGAACGCAACCGUCAUGAACGGCUCCCUCAACUUGUCCUUCAUCUACAACAAACGAUUACAGCAUCAGGACCGACUUGAGCAAUGGACCAGCAAUUGCCUACAGACCCUUGAGAAACUACCCAUGGAGCUGCAGCAGGAACAGCGACUAGCCGCUGUCGACUUUCCAUUGCUAUCUCUUGCAAGCGAGGACCACCUUCACAGCUUACUCCAUCAGGUCUCAGGUCGAUUCGAUGUGUCUCCGUCUGGAAUAGAGGAUAUGUUCCCUUGCUCACCCGUUCAACUCGGCAUGUGGUUGAGCCAGUUAAGAAACCCUCAAGUAUACUGGUCGCAUAUCCGGUGGUCUCUGUCCCCAACGUCCCCCAACUGCCCAAUCGAUAUCACUGAGGUGAAGCAAGCAUGGCAGCAGGUUGUUGACCGUCAACCAAUCUUGCGCACUGUCUUCACCGAUGGCGUCAAAGGGCACGGUCAUCCUGUCCAAGUAGUUCUGAGAUCUUGCGAGGCAAACAUCAAGGUGUUGUCGGGAUCGGAAUUGCGUGCGGAGGGCCAAGUUCCGUCCCUUUCGGAUGAGUUCCUGUUGAAUCCAAAAUCCUCAAACGCGAAGGGUCGCCCACCACAUCAGCUUACCGUCGCAAUUGAGCCUCAUGGUGGAGCUUACUGCCAGCUGGCUAUCCACCACAUUCUUGUUGACGGUAUCACGGAGCAAAGAUUAUUGUCGGAGUUCCACCAAGCAUGCAAUGGGGCACUAGACACCGAGCCUGCGGGCAGCUAUAGCAGGUACCUGGGUUAUCUGCAAACUCGGGACCAUAGGGCCUCGGAAGCUUAUUGGAAGGAAUACUUGACUGAUGUUCAUCCAUGUGUUUUCCCGUCGCUUGGAUUGAAAGAGCACGGGACCGACUCGAGCUCUCUAAAGUCCUUACCAUUCUCCAUGGAUAUCGGACAAGAACUCCGCUCAUUCUGCCAGCGUCAUAGCAUCACCAUUUCUAGUCUCCUACAAGUCGCUUGGGGUAUCGUUCUUCGUGUAUACACAGGCAGCGAGUCUGUAUGCUUCGGGUAUCUGAAUGCUUGCCGUGAUAUUCCGGUGCAAGAUGCGCACAAUAUCUCCGGACCUUUGAUCAAUCUUCUGGUUUGUCGCCUAUCUUUAGCUGAUGAAUCAUCUGUCAUGUCAGUGCUUGCCGAAAAUCAUGCAGUCUACGCCCGAAGCCUUGAUCACCAACAUUGCUCUUUGGCAGAGGUCAUGCAUUCUUUGAAUCGCUCCGGUCAACCUUUGUUCAAUACCGCGAUGACAUUACAAAAGGAUGCCGGCAAUCUGUUUUCUGAGAAGUCUGAAAGGAUCAAGUUGCAACCGGAAGACGGAAUUGACUCAACUGAGUAUGACCUGACCAUCAAUAUCACUUCGCGUAAAGAGACCAUCGACUGUGACUUGACAUACUGGACGCACGCUGUGGCUGAAGCUCAGGCUGAACUGGUGGCUGACACCUUUUCUCACAUCGUCCUGCAGCUUAUUGAUCCCGCGAUCAUAAAUCUAAGCGACGUCAAUCUAUCAAUGGGAAAGAAUGAGCUCCAGAUGCUUCGUUUCAAUUAUAAGCUGCCGCAAACUGUGCGAUCUUGUAUUCACACAGACAUACAACGAAUGACGACAGCGCAACCCGCAUCCCCUGCAGUCGAUGCCUGGGAUGGUCAAUUCACAUAUGAGACUCUCAACCUUCUCUCAUCUCUAUUGGCUAACGACCUGGUCCACCUUGGUGUCGGUCCCGAGGUAUUUGUGCCAAUAUGCCGCGAAAGAUCCGGAUGGACAGUUGUCGCCAUGAUUGCCAUUAUGAAGGCAGGUGGCGCAUUCAUCUUGCUUGACCCAUCGCAUCCAGCAGAGAGACUGCAAGAGAUGGUGCAAGUGGACUUCCAGUGUCCAGUUAUCAUUACCUCAUCGAAGCACCGCGAACUUGCAGCCAAUCUAGCGCCGAACCCCAUAAUCGUGGAGAACCUCAGCCAAAUAUCGCAUUCGGGCAUUCGAAAAGACGGUAUCCCAUCGGUGACUAGUCCAAAGUCCGCCGCAUACGCUGUUUUCACGUCUGGCUCGACCGGUAGGCCAAAGGCAAGCGUCAUCGAGCACCAGUCUUUCCUAUCGGCGUCAGCCGAGCAUACCCAGGUACUUGGUCUUGACAAGAACGCCCGAGCCAUCCAAUUUGCCUCUUACGCUUUUGACGCUAGCAUUGUGGAAAUGAUCGACACACUUUUGGUCGGUGGCUGUAUCUGCAUUCCCUCCGAUGUAGACCGAAAUCAGAGACUGGGUCAUGCAAUCCGCGAGAUGAAAGUAAACUGGGCGCUGCUGACCCCUUCUGUGGCACGCAUCAUAAACCCGCAGCAUGUUUCGACCUUGGAAACACUUGUACUCGGCGGAGAGGGCAUGACUAGGGACGAUAUCCGUCGCUGGUCACCGCAUGUAUGCUUAAUGAAUGCCUACGGUCCUUCAGAGUGCUCUGUGAUUGCCGCGGCCCAGCCAUCAUCGCAGUACCUCUCACAAGAUGAAUCAAAUAUUGGACAUCCUGCAGGUUGUGUCGCAUGGGUGGCGCAUCCAAACAGACCGGAGAAGCUCUUACCUGUGGGUGCUGUGGGAGAACUGCUCAUCGAUGGUCCUAUUGUCGGUCGCGGUUACGUUAAUCGCGCAGAAGCAAUGGCAGCGGCAUUCGUUCCAUAUUCCACUUGGUUAUGCAAGAUCCGUGGUUCCCGAAAAGGCGUCUUGUACCGAACGGGUGACCUUGUGAGACGUCUUGUGGAUGGCUCUAUACAAUACAUCGGACGGAAAGACCGUCAGGUCAAGUUGCGUGGGCAGCGUAUCGAGCUUGCUGAAGUUGAGCACCACGUUCAACAGUGCUUCCCUAUCAAUGACCCUGAAGUCUUUGCGGACUUGGUCUCACCAGGAGAUGCCAAAGAGGCACACUUGGUGGCCUCCAUUAUCCAACCAGCAGACAGUUGCGAUUCUCAGGACUUCGAGGCGGCCGUGGAGCAAAUGCAAGCACGUCUUCAGGCAGAUGUUCCAGCUUCCCUUAUUCCCUCUGCAUUUAUUCCUGUCUAUCAGGUACCACGACUGGUGAAUGGAAAGAUUGACCGAACACAACUGCGCCAUGCAGCAUCUCAAGCGCUACGAGCACAGAUUGGUCAACAGGCGACAAACUGCCGGCUGCGACAGCUAAGACAAAUGACGAAAGGAGAAAUUGCGUUGCGAAAUUGCUGGGCUGAAGUCCUGGCUCGCCCUGCGGAGACAGUCGGGCCUGACGAUAACUUCUUCCGCUUAGGUGGAGACUCGAUUGCAGCAAUGAAGCUGGCUGCCGCAGCUAGCGAGCAAGGCAUUCAACUAGGCGUCUCGGAUAUUUUCCUGCAUCCCAAGCUUAGCGACCUCGCACUGAAUUGCUCACUUGCGGGGCCGAAGGAAUGGCCAAACUCCGAACCAAAUGAGUUGGAUGACGCCGUGCCCCCGUUUUCAAUGCUCUCGCCAAAUCACCGGGAAGAAUUAAAAUUACAGGCAAUGGAACAAUGCAACCUCCCGAGAGAGCAAAUCGCGGACAUAUACCCCUGUACCGCACUGCAAGCCGGUAUGGUAGCUUUGACGGCGGAGCGUCCCGGGUCAUAUAUCGCAUACCAUCGUUUCCGUCUAGGGACAGACGUUGAUCUGUCCUUAUUGAAGACUGCUUGGGAGACGGUAGCAGAACACAAUGCGAUUCUGCGCACCCGAUUCAUUUAUUCGGAGUUUGGCUUCAUGCAGGUCCUGGUACAGAACAGCGAGCUUCACUGGAUCUCGGGGAACAUGAAGGCAGAGAAGAAGUUACAAUGGAACGUUCUUCUAGGCCAGCCACUAGUACAGUUCGAAGUCAUUCCGGUGCCGAGCGAGGAUUCCAGUAUAUCUCAGCAACUGGACCUGAUUAUCACCAUUCAUCAUGCUCUGUAUGACUCUUGGUCACUGCCUCUGCUUGUGCACCGCGCACAAGCGGCCUACCAGGGCCAGGCAUUGGAGCCCUCCGACAUGACUCCAUUCAAAGAAUUCAUCAAAUAUUCCAUGUCGCAACAAAAGGACGCGGUCGAACACUGGCGCCGUGAAUUCCACGAACUUACCGCCGAGCCAUUCCCCACACUUCCUUCCACAUCAUAUCGACCUCAGGCGUCGAAACAGACGGUACGGACGAUUGAGACCGGCCCAGUGAUGGAUGAACGUGUCAGUCGAACUACCGUCAUUCGUUUCGCAUGGGCCCUUGUUCAGUCUCAUUACCAGAGUAAUGACGAUGUGGUAUUUGGCAUUGUGUCCCCUGGCCGAGCGGCAUCCGUCAGUGGUAUUGAGGGCAUGGCUGGUCCAACAAUUGCCACACUUCCUUUGCGUGUGCAGAUCGACGAUAGUGCGACCGUCUCAGACGCCCUCAGAAAUUUGCAAGAGCGGACAAUACAGCUCAUUCCAUUCGAACAAGUUGGGCUACCUGAAAUUGCUGCCAUAGGACCGGAAGCCAGGCAGGCUUGUUCAUUCCAAACCCUCCUUGUCGAGGGGAGAGGAGAGGUCGAAAACUUGGGUACCGCCAAUGGUCCUAUGGAAGCCAUGGGAACAUCAUCGGGGGAUGCUGCGUCAAACACAUACGCCAUCCAAAUAGCUGUUAUGCUCAAGCCAAAUAUGAUGACUAUUGCAGUUUCCACUGAUGAGACUGUCAUUCCAGCAUGGCAAGUGGAACAUAUUCUGGACCAAUUCAGCCACAUUUUGCAGCAGGUGCACCGUCAUCCAGUAAAGCUGGUGCACGAAAUUGCUACACUGAAUGACAACGAUAUCCAGCAGCUGCGAGCCUGGAACGUCGGAUGUCCGGCACGAUGUCCAGUGUCGAUCACUGAUGUGAUUUCGCAGCAUUGUGAGAGGCAACCAUUGAGUUUAGCCGUGUCGUCUUCGAACUUCAGUCUAUCCUAUAAAGAACUAGACGUUCUUUCUACCAGCAUCGCCAGCCUUUUGCGUUUGCAAGGAGCAUCAUCAGAGGUCUUCGUUCCAAUAUACUUGGAUCGGUCAUGCUGGACUGUGGUAGCGGUGUUGGCCGUGCUCAAGGCAGGCGCAGCCUUCGUCCUUCUAGACACCUCACAUCCACAAGAGCGGCUUCGGAAUAUCUGCGAACAAGUGAAGCCUCCUUUCAUUCUUACAUCGCCCGAGCAUCGUCAUAGAGCCGAGGCGCUGUUCCACAAUGUCUUGAUAAUGCCCCAGAGCAUCAACUCCGAGUGUGCAUCGACACCAGGUCAUAAGACGGCCCGUUUGGGCGUAGACCGUGCUCUUUAUGCAGUCUUCACGUCUGGUUCAACCGGUGAACCCAAAGGAGUUGUGAUUGAGAAUGGUUCAUUCAUGACAAUGAUCAAUAAAGUUUCUCAUUUGAUGGGUAUUGGCCCAGGUGCCCGCGUCUUGAACUUCUCCUCCUAUGCUUUCGACGUCAGCAUUACGGAAAUACUUGGUUCAUUGCUUGCGGGUGCUUGCAUCUGCGUUCUGACGGAGUCUGAGCGCAGAGGCCGACUAAUUGAGGCCAUGCAAUGGCUACAACCAUCUCAUGCCUAUUUAACCCCCAGUGUGUCGCGCGCAAUAAUACCAAACGAUGUGGGGUCACUCCGGACGAUCAUGCUCACUGGAGAAGCCCUUCGGUCAAGCGACAUUAAGCAGUGGGUGCCACAUGCACAUAUAGUAUCCGGUUACGGUCCAGCAGAAUGCACGGUCACGUUUACUGUGCAGUCCGCAAUUGACUCGACCUCGCAAGGCGGGAAUAUCGGUUUCCCGAUUGCAGGCGCCUGUUGGGUGACCGACCCACGGAAUCCUAACCGAGUUGCUCCUAUUGGUGCUGUGGGCGAGCUGCUUCUUCAAGGGCCUCUGGUGGGUCGCGGAUAUUUGAACAGUCCGGACCAAACAGCUAUAAACUUCAUAUCAUCUCCAACAUGGAUGCGACGUGUUGGCCUCACUGGUGGGCGGGUCUAUCGAACAGGCGAUCUUGUUCGUUAUGAGAAGGACGGAUCUCUCUCGUUUGUAGGACGAAGGGACCUCCAGGUCAAGCUACGAGGUCAACGUUUUGAGCUUGCAGAAGUUGAGAAGCAACUGCAGGAUAUCUGGCCCGAAGAUCUGACAGACAUCGUGGCUGAGAUUGUGACUCCGAAGGCUUCCAUGAGUUCAAAAUGCUUGGUUGUCUUUGUCGCUCCAAAAGCGGCUGAGUCGGCUGCACUGGUAUCCAGCCCAGCAAUCCCUUCCCUGGAAAUUGUUGCCACGACCAACUUUGCCGCCCGGAUAUCAACCGUCAAACGCCAACUCGGUGAUAUCUUGCCAGAUUAUAUGGUACCGUCUGCAUUCGUGCCGCUUCGACGGAUACCUCAUAGCGCCAGUGGCAAAGUAGACCGAAAGUGGUUGAGAGACUCGGCGGCGAGCGCCACGCGAGUGCAGCUGGAGUCAUUAUUCGCUGAAGCCCCUUCAGAUAAGCGAGUGCCCGCCGUAGGGACGGAGCGGGAAUUGCAGCACAUCUGGGCGAAAGUACUCGAUAUUGCCGCCGACAAGAUUGGCGGUGAGGACAGCUUCUUCCAAUUGGGGGGUGAUUCCAUCUCAGCUCUCAAAGCCGCAUCGAGGGCUCGGGCAGCUGGGAUUCAGCAUUCAGUGGAGAGUUUGUUCCAGUGGAAAACAAUAAUGCGUGUUGCCGAACACGCUACCAUUGUGAACUCCGCCGACAUCAUAGAUGGGGUACAGACUGCAACUUCCUUGCGGUACCAUAUACCCUACUCCCUGAUUACGGUUCACGAGCGUGCAGAACUCUUUGCUUCGCACUCCACACCGGGACAUGCGUUGGCGAAAGAGAAUGUGGAGGAUAUUAUCCCGGCACUCCCAUUCCAAGUGUUCUACAUAACCCACGCAUCGCCAGUCUGGAUGGCACAAGUAUUCCCAGCGGCCCUGGACAUCAAUAGACUGGAAAGCAUGUGCAGGCAGGUUGUUGCGCACCACAGCAUCUUACGCACAGUAUUUGUGGAGGCCAAUGGCCGGUUCUUCCAGGUGAUUCUCCGGGAAGUUGAGCCCGUGCUGAAUGUUGUUCACUGUGAUGAUCCAGAGGCAUAUGUUGCGCGAGAGUCCGAACGUAAGGUUCCACCUUGUACGGCACAGGGUAAAAUGCCCGUCAGCUUCACUCUCGUCACUAGCCGCAUCAAACAGGUCUCUGCAUUAAUCGUUCAGAUAUCCCACGCGCAGUAUGAUGGGGCCUCCAUACCGUUGCUGUGGAAGACAAUCAAAAAAGCCUAUCAUAACGAGCCUCUCACACCGGCUAUACAAUUCAAGGAUGUCGCCUAUAAGCGAAUGGGCGAUCUGAACAAGGCCGAGAUUUCAUUCUGGCGAAGAUACCUUGAAGGUGCUCCGUCCGCUGCUCUUGAUCCCCUUAAUCAAACUGGAAAGACACGAGUUUUGGAAAAUGACAUAGUCGAAAAGCGCCAAACGGAAAUGCCCUCUCUCCCGCCUGACAUGACCGUGUCAACACUCGUGAAAGCAGCCUUCUCAUGGUUUCUGUUUGAGAAAACUGCACAGUCUGAUAUUAUCUUAGGUCAGGUUGUUCACGGACGUGGAAGUUCGUUUUUGGACGCGAAUACAGCCAUUGGGCCCUGCUUGAAUCAUCUGCCCGUUCGAAUCAGGAUUGAACCUGAUUCAACGGUGGAAAAUUUCUUGCAUCAUGUUCAGGCACAGCAGGUAGAAAUCACUGCCCAUGACGAGGCAUCGUUCGACGCCAUCGCAGAAUGUUGCACAGGAUGGCAACCUGGCUCGAAAAUGGCUUGUCUUGUUCAUCACCAGAGCGAAGAAGCCGCGGAACCCUUCGAAAUGGGUGGUGUUCGCUCGUCGUCUAGUUGCAAUUGGGCUAGCUCCAAGUUGGAGCACGGUCAGCUGGGUAUCAUUUCCGUGGAACGCGGAUCCCAGCUUGAGCUCAUGGUCACAGCCACUGAGGAUACCAUGGACCAACGUAGCGUUCAGGUCCUGUUAGAGAAGCUGGUUACCACCGUUCAGUUGUUCUCGAAGUUUACCCAGUCCCAGUUGGCAAGGGUGGCUAGCAGGAUCUCCACAUGA